AUGGAUACUGAAUGUGUAACUGUAACAAGUUUCGUACUUGAACAAAAGAAAAAAUAUCCUGGUGCGUCUGGUGAAUUGACCAUAUUAUUAAAUGCAUUAUUAACAGCUAUCAAAGCUUGUGCAGCAGCUGUACGAAAAGCUGGUAUUGCAAAAUUAUAUGGUUUAGCUGGUUCAUCAAAUACAACUGGUGAUGAUCAAAAGAAAUUAGAUGUACUUGCAAAUGAACUUUUCAUCAAUAUGCUUAAAUCAUCCUAUACAGUAUAUGCAAUGGCAUCAGAAGAAAAUGAAAAUUUAAUUGAAGUUGAAGUUCCAAAACAAGGUAAAUAUGUUAUAUGUUUUGAUCCUUUGGAUGGUUCAUCAAAUAUUGAUUGUCUUGUAACUAUUGGUUCAAUUUUUGGUAUAUGGAAAAAACCUGAAAAUGCUAAAACACCACUAGAAUGUAUUUUACAAAGUGGUGAAAAUGUACGUUGUGCUGGUUAUGCUGUUUAUGGUUCAGCAUGUAUGCUUGUUUUAGCUACAAAAGAUGGUGUUAAUGGAUUCACUCUUGAUCCAUCUAUUGGUGAAUUUAUUUUAACAGCACCAAAUAUGCAAAUGCCACAAUUAGGUGCAAAAGGUUCACAAAGAAUUUAUAGUAUCAAUGAAGGUUAUGCAAGAAAUUGGGAUAAAGCAACAACAGAAUAUGUUCAUGCGAAAAAAUUUCCAGAGGGUAAAGAUAAACCUUUUGCUAAUCGAUAUGUUGGUUCAAUGGUUGCUGAUGUACAUCGUACACUUCUUUAUGGAGGUGUCUUCAUGUAUCCAGCAACAAAAGAAGCAAAAGAUGGCAAAAUUCGUUUAUUAUAUGAAAGUAUUCCAAUGUCAUAUGUUGUUGAAAAAGCCGGUGGUGCUUCAUCAAAUGGUCAACAUUCAAUUUUAAAAAUUCAACCAGAAAAAAUUCAUCAACGAUCACCUAUUUUUCUCGGUUACAAAGAAGAAAUUGAAAAAAUAGAAAAACUUUAUGAAAAAUAUCCAAAUGGUACAUGGGCUUAUGAUUAA